UCUCAUCGACGCCAUCAUCGCGUGCGCCUCACCAUUACCCUCAGUUUACUUACAAUCUGCGAUUUCCGCCUUCGUAUAACAAUUAUCUGUAAAAAGAUAUUAAUUUCGUGGUCAUGCGCUCAUCUAUUGCCCGGCAGGCAGCCGCGACAGCCGCCUCUGGCUUCAAACCCAGUCCCAUGGCACUGCUGCCGCCCAUUCCCCUAUAUCGUCGUCUCUUCCGCGCGCACAGGAAACACUUGCCUCGCGAGAUGCGCGUGCUGGGGGAUGAAUACAUCAAGGCAGAAUUCCGGGCGCAUCGCAAGGUGGACAAUCCCGCCCAUCUGAUUGGCUUCCUCACAGAGUGGCAAUUAUACGCACAGAAAGUCGAGGGUGAUGCAUGGAAGGGCGAGAAGAUUGAGGACGGCAAACUACAGAAGUUGUCGGACGAGCAGGUCCACCAACUCUACGAACUCAUGCAGGCGAUACAGAAGCGCGGGUCGGAUGACGACGGGUCGAGCUCGUAACGUGGCCAUCCAAGGUUUCGACACAGACAUGGGAGGCGUGUAUGAUUUUGUAUAGUUAAUUGCAUACGGAGCGGAGUGAACAUUUCUUCAGUUAUCAUAGCAAGCCACAAGCAACACUGAAUAAACCUUCAUAGUUGGGCACAGCCU